ACGACCGGUUGAGUAGUCCUCGACUUACGACCGGUUGGGGGUCACGGCAUUAAAAAGGUUGAGAACCACUGAACUAGGGUUUCACUCAUAAUUCUCUUCCCUCACUGCGCUUACAAGCGCACUAAACUGCAACACCGAGACUGGCGCUUUGCCCCUUAUUUUUGUAUUGUACAGAAGCUAGCACAAUCGGCAGCGAAGAAUCCCGCUGCCCCGGAGAGGCGCCUUCUCCAUCGGCCCAAAAGUUCGCGGGCUUCGGCCCGAAUCCUGCCGCUGGUGGCCCAGUCGCUCAGUCCCUGGGCUGCGCCGAACGAACCACCCGCGCCCGGCGGGAGCGGCUGGCCGAGGGGGCGGCUCCGUUGGCCCGGUCGUGGGAACUCCGUCCGUCGCUUUUCUACCGGCGUAGAGAAAGGGGAAGGGAGAGGGAGGAAGUGGUCGCUGUCCUCAGCCGGCCGGUUGAGGCGCCCGAACCGUCGCGUCGGCGAAGUAGGAGCCUGUCUCCCCCACAAGCGCCGGAAGGAGGUCGGGGCUAGAGCUCCGGCUGACUUGCCGGCCAUCGGGAGCCAGACCGGUUCGUCUGAGGCGAAGCGCGGCAUGGCGGCCGCCCCGGCAGAACAACCCUCUGAUGCUUGCGAAGUGCUGAUUGUAUACGGAAAAGAUGCUGAUGAAUGGUGUCAUUAUCUCCAGAGUCUCUUGCACUCAUGCCAAAAAAUUCAGAGCUAUAAAGUGAAGCGUAGAACUGCUAUUUCCACGGAGGAACAGGUUCUCUUCAAGAACAGCAAGUGUAUCAUUAUUCUACUGUCAUCUGAAUUGGUCCAGAGCUUUUGCAUUCCUGCUGUACUUCAGAGUCUGCAAAAUGUUCUACAACCUCCAUCAAAAAUGGUGAAAUUUUUCUGCGGCGCUCCAGCCUGUGAGAAUUACAACGAGUUUUUCAAAGACUGGUGUCAAUGGAAAGAGGUUACCUAUGAUGAUGAAGCAGAGACCUAUGUUGAUGCAGUCAUGAAAAUCAUUUCAGAAGCAGAUUCUGGUUGUGAUUCAGUGGCUGAUGCAAAGACGGAGGAUGCUGGGCGCCUACAAGUGUCACACAGUUUUCCAGGCUGUCAGGCGUAUGAACCUUCAGUGACCGGAUUAGAAAAUCUUGUUGCUGUGCAGCCUGAUCGUAUACGCUGUGGGGUGCAGACAACUGUUUUUAUAAUCCUAAAAUGUAAAUUGGAUAGGCAAACAAAAAUGGAAGUGGAAUUUUCUUCUAAAAGCUGUCAGCCACUGAAACUAUCAGCAAGCCUUGAGAAUGAAUAUACAGUCUCCGUUCACACACCUGACUUAUCACCUGGAACUGUAUCUUUGAAACUGUUUUCUGGAGAUUUAAUAAUAGCUGAAGCAAACAUCAAUUACUAUACUGACAUGGAAGAAAUUAGCAACUUGUUGUCUAACGUAGCAAAUCCAAUGGAAUUCAUGUGUCAGGCAUUUAAAAUUGUACCUUACUGCACAGAAACUCUGGAUAAAAUCCUCACAGAAUCACUGAAAAAAAACCUUCCUGCCAGUGGUUUGCAUCUCUUAGGAAUCAACCAAUUGGAAGAAGAAAAUAUUAUUAGUCAAAGAGAUGAAGAGCUGCCAACUCUGUUACACUUUGCUGCAAAAUAUGGUUUAAAAAAUCUCACAGCCCUGUUGCUUACAUGCCCAGGAGCUCUGCAGGCUUACAGUGUUGCCAACAAGUAUGGUCACUAUCCUAACAACAUUGCUGAAAAGCAUGGCUUCAAAGAUCUCCGCCAAUUCAUUGACGAAUAUGUGGAGACGGCAGAUAUGCUGAAAACUCACAUAAAAGAGGAGUUGAUGCAGGGGGAGGAUAAUGGCUCUAUUUAUGAGUCCAUGGCUCAUGUCUCUGCUGACCUACUGAUGAAAUGUUCGCUGAACCCCUGUUGUGACGAAGAACUCUAUGAAUCCAUGGGUGGUUUGAUGCCCAGCUCUACAGAGGAUUUAUACGUAGAAAUGCUUCAGUCAGAUGCUAAUAAUCCUCUUUCACGGACUACCAAGGACUAUAUGAUGCGCAGAUUCUUAGAAGGUGUGAAUUUGGAGAUACCAGAACCUAAAGAAGGUAUCUACCAUCAAAGUGAAGACAAAGAUGUCUAUCAUACUGUGGAACAAGAUAGCUUUCCUCAGGAAAUGGUGAACAGACCACCUGUUCCCGUUCCAAGACCUGAUCUCUCCUCCAUACAGGAAGACAAAGAACCAUACAUUUGUAAAGUUUUUGCAGGAAAAGAUCAAGAGAAAUCUGGGAAUCUUUAUGUUUCUGCAACAAAUAUUGGCAAAGAACAAAUAAAUACAGUUUCAAGCCAGUCUCAACAGAGCCUAUAUGACCCAUUUGCUGGUAUGAAGACUCCAGGUCAGAGGCAGCUGAUUACUCUACAAGAGCAAGUGAAGCUGGGGAUGCUCACUGUAGAUGAAGCUGUCCUGUGUUUCAAAGAGUGGCAGUUAAAUCAAAAGAAGAGAGCCGAAUCAUUUCGCUUUCAACAGGAAAAUCUAAAACGGUUACGUGACAGCAUCACUCGAAGGCAGCUUGAAAAGCAAAAAGCUGGGAAGCAUACAGAUUUGGAAAUCACUGUACCAACUGGACAUUCUCAGAGUAUGCCAAAGAAACCAGAGUAUAGGAUUUAUGAAUAUAGUCCGAGAAAAAAUCUUUUCCCAAUAAGCAAAGAGAUAAAGCGAGGGGACUGGAAAACAGAAAGCACAUCAAGUACUGCAAGCAGUUCAAGUAACCGAUCAAGUACCCGAAGUCUAUUGAGUGUCAGCAGUGGAAUGGAGGGUGACAAUGAGGAUAAUGAGAUACCUGAGAUGAAGAGAAAUUUCUGCUCUAGAACUCUGCAGGUAGACAACCAACUUUCCAUUUCAUUUGGAAGGCCUCCGAAAAUACCUCCUCGAGUGGCUAGCAGGUUGUUGAAUUCUGACCACUUCCAUCCACCACCGGUUCCUCCAAGAGGUCGUGAUAAGUUAGACUAAAUUUUGGGGAUAUUAAAACUAAAACAUGAGGAAACAGAACUUUUAUUCUUCAGAAUGACUUUUGAAUGGUUAUGCUGUAACUCUAACCAGCAUAUCAGUUCACUCCGGUCAAUCUCAGAUGAUCAAUUCUGGUAGAAUUUACUCUAAAAAUUGUCAAGGGUGAACGAACAAAUUAAGCAUUUAGAACAAAUAAACUGUUAGAUUAUGAAGAAAUGAUACAUUGAACUUAUUAGAAUUCUUAUUACACCAGACUAAAGGUGUCUCAAUCAUUUCUCACAUAUUCCUAAACUUCAGAAUGGAGUAGCUACCAGCAGAUAUUUGUUGUCUGUUUAUCUACAAAUAAAGUAGCUAUGAUGCUGCCCAGAAAACAAAUUUAUUCUGUUGCAGAUAGCGAAACUAGAGUGCCUUGUAUUGAGCAGUGCAAUUCAUUUGAAAUUUGUCUAAUUUCUAAUGUUUUUAUGAUAAUUUCCUAUUCAGAAUUGUCUGAUGCCUCUGGUUGCUGAGAAAUUGAGGAAGAUUUCUCUCUUCAGAUCGUACGUUAAAUCAAACAGUCUCCAUUGUCACCUAUAUGAGUCUUGAAUCUGUAUUAUUUCUAUGAGAAUGUGCCAAGAAGUACUUAGCAGAUCAUGAAUGUAAAGAAACUCGGUUCUUAUUUCCGUACUUCAAUAAAAAUUGUGCACCAAUCACAUCAUUACUAGAAGAAACUUUUGUUCCUAUUGUAGACAGACUCUGUCCAAAAAGGCAGUUGGCCCUGUUGGUAUGUGAGAAAGUGUAAUAACACAGCAUGAGGUAGAGAGGACUGCAUCUCCAGCCUAACAAGGCGGAACAGCUGCCAGGCCCUAUUUGCAUUGAGUUUCAAGAUAAAUUCAGGUAGUCCUUGGGAUGGCAAUUGGAACCAGAAUUUCAUUUCUAAGUGAUAUAGUUGUAAUAAAAGUGACAUCACUGGACAAUGUUGCUUAGCAAUGGAAAUUCUGGCACUUCCAAUUGCUGUCAUGGGUUGUUAAGAACAUCAUGUACUUCUCAUUUGUGACCUCCUACUGGCUUCCCAGUUGACCUUCUUUGUAGGAAGAAAGUUACAAAUCACAAUCACAUGAACAUGAGGCUGCUGUGACAGCUGGGAACUUUGAGGACCGUUCAUAAAUGCCCCUUGUUUGGCAUUGUUGUAAGUUUGAGCGGCCACUGAACAAGUGGUUGCUAAACAAGGAACCCCUGUACGAUAUGCCGUAUAUUGUAUAUGAUCUCAGUCUGAACACAAAUGCACAGGGUUGAAAUUCUAAAGACAGCUCCCUUUUCAGAAUGUAGAUUUUCUUUCUUUAAAAAGAAGGAAAUACAUUCGGAAGUCCAUUAAUGUAGCGUGCAAGGUGUGAUCGAGUUAUUUCCAAUUUGGUACAUUUGUUACAGAAUUCAAUAGAGAGGUCAAAGAUAUACUCUUUACUAUAAUACAUAUAUCAGACUUGGCUAUCUUAACUGAAGCCCUGAUUAUACUGUUACAGAGCAAUUUCCAGGGACAUCUAACAAGGACUGGCCUUUGCAGUUCCUCAACCUAUUUGAAGACAAAGGAGAUGGUUUCUAGGAAGGUUGUUUUGUGGAAAAUGUGUUGAGGUCAUACAGAUUUUAGGGGAUGUUGUUGUUAGUUGUGAAGUCGUGUCCGACCCAUUGCAACCCCAUGGGCAACAUUCCUCCAAGCCUUCCUGUCCUCUACCAUCUUCUGGAGUCCAUUGAAGCUCACGGCUACUGCUUCAGUGACUCCAUCCAGCCACCCCAUUCUCUGUUGUCCCCUUCUUCUAUUGCCCUCCAUCUUUCCCAGCAGUGAGUAAGGAAUAGGCAGCUAUUAAAAAGUUCUGUUUCUAGGUUCAUUCACAUUUUUCUUUUCAUGAAGAGGGAGAACUGCAUGACUAUCUUUUAAGGCACCUGGCAACCUCUUUACAUUUAUGAUUGGUCGCCAAGCACCUCAUAAUUCAUGUGAUUGCUAUUUACAAGCUUCUCCACAGGCUUCCACAGAAAGUCAAUGGGAAGCCAACAGGGAAGGUUGUACGUUGCUGCUGCCUGCUGAUAGGACUCAUGUCUGGGGGCUGGCUGAAAGACCUGCCAGCUAAAUGGCAUUCAACCCUUCCCAUGAGCUUUAGAAACAGGGCUUGGUUCCUGAAGACCUAAGCCUUGUUUCUGCAGCCUGGCAGAGGCAUUCUCUUCCACACACAGAGGAGAGCUCAGCCUUUCUGCUAGGCUGCAGAGACAGGGCUUAGAUGCCAAAGAUCUGAGUCCCGUUUCUGCAGCUCAGUGGAGGGGCUGAGCUUCACUUGGCAGAUUUCUAGCCUUCAGAAGAACGAUGUUCACUUGCUUUCUACCCUUCCGAGGCUAGGAAAACUAGUGAAUGCAAUUGUUCUUGCAAUAAUUUGGAAAGCCCCUUCUCCAAAUUGUCUGAUUGAGCCUUCCAAUUGCAAGAGUGUUGCCCACUGCCAGAUGGCACAAGAUGGCCUUGGUAGGAAGGCCAAUCACAGGUCAGCUGAGCACACUUGCAGCUAUAGAAAAAGGCAAGGGUAAUGGACCUGGGCCUGGUGGGGGUGGGAAGUGAUGUGCCUCUUGGAUGUGCUGGGCCACAGAGAGCACCUCUCCUGAUGCUCUCUGCACAAUCGCUUGGCAACUGUAACUGGGAGAGCCAGAAUUGUGAUAAUUGAAUUAAGUGGUAAUACGGCUAGCUUGCUUAAUGGCCACUUUGCUCAAUGACUGAAGUUCUAGUUCCCAUUGUGGUUGUAAGUCAAGGACUACCUGUAGACCGCAUUGUAGUAAUCUAACAUAGAAAUAACAAGGGUAGGUCUGUUGUUGAAGCCUCGAUUCUAAGAGCCAGAACUGGCUGGGGAUACUGCAAGAUCAGGAGGACACACAAAGCAUGAAUACCUGUUGUUUAUUUCAAAUGCUUUUUAGAAAGAGAGAUGAUUUAAUUAAUACUUUUGUUAAUUUAUAUUUUUCUGUUGUAUUUUUGUAAGGACAUGUGCCCUCAUUUUGCUUGUUAGAUAAUGUAUCAGCUGUAGUUCUUGUAAGAAAUGAACAUGAAUGUACUUAAUUGCCACAUUUGUUAUUUCACUAUGUAUAUAAAUUCAUUACCCACCGAUUCUUUUCAAA